AUGAAGGUAAUGGGGGAUCAGGGCAAUGGGCUGACUUCUGGAUUCUUCUGCGGCUCACUUUUUUGUUUGGGAGAUUUUCCAAAUGUUCAUGCUGUUGUUUUUGUCUGAGUUUGCCUCCCUUUUUGCCAGUUCAAUAUCGCCAACCCGACUACGGGAUGCCAGAAGAAGCUCGAGAUCGAUGAUGACCUGAAGCUGUGAGUUUAUUUUCCCAUCUUUUUGUUGUCACCGUUAUUGUAGGAUGGAUCUUUACGACGCUCUGCUAGUCACUCCUGCUGUUGUUGUUUUGCAUCUUCUAUGUCAGGAAAUUAUUUCAUGGUUCUCUUUCUAAUUCUUAUGUUUAAUGUUGGUAAUGGCCCGGGGUUUUUCAUCGUCAACACUCUAUCAUCGUUAUAUAUGUUUUGAUUAUCUGAUUAUUCUGGGAAACUCGUCAUGUAGACCUAAAAUCGAAAGCACUUGUCGAGUCGGGCCAGGCUCAUCGUUACUCUUAGACGAGGGACGAUUGUGUAUGCUUUAUCGUUAGAAACUUAUGCAGUAGUUCGCGCUGUCUUAUGUUUUUAAAGGUAGGCGUUUCUAGUUUUUUGGCAUGCAUACUUUUUGAGAACAUGGUAUCUUGAAAUAGAAAUGCGAUAUUGAUUUGUAGCCAUGUCUAGGAUUUCGACAACUUUUGCUUUUGUUACUCUUAGACGAGAAACCACUUUCUAUGGAAGCACAAUGAUUUUUUUACUUCUGUGAAGCUAUUUAAAUGAUGGAAAUACCCACUCCAUGCCACCAUCAAAAACUUGAGAAGACAUGCCAUAGUUGACCGUGGUCAUUAUAUUUUGGUAGUUUGCUUCCUAGAUACGUACGAUUUAUUCUUAAUUAAGAUUAUGGUUUAUGGUGCGUAACAGUACUUUUUCGGAUGGUAGAAGCACUCUUGCGUGUGCAUAUCUUUAUUUCAUAUUCCAUCUCGGCUCUCUUCAUUGCAUUGAUUUUUCUUAAAUCAGUCCUUCCCUUUAGUUUACUUUACGCAUGUUUAUUUAAAAUACAUGUUGGAAAAUGAAUUUCAUAAUUGUCGUUACCUUCACCUGAUAAUCGUCCUCUGACGUUUGACUUCAAUUCUCAGUCGUGCGUUUUACGACAAGAGGAUAUCUCAGGAAGUUAACGGAGAUGCUCUCGGUGAGGUAUGUAUUACCACUGAUGUCUGCUUUGGAAUUAGUUGUAGUUCCUUGUAUUCUUACCCGAUGUCCUUACCAUCCUGAAAUCACAUGCGCCUAUUCCUUUAUUGGGGCCACUCGUUUUAGGAAUCAACAAGAUACAUCACCUAGAUCUUAAACAUGUCGCUGAUCAGAUUUGAUAAAACAUUCUGGCCUAGGUAAAGUAAAGUCGUCCGAGUCGUACACUAGGUGUCGGGAGUGGGACUGGGAUUUGACCUUGCUCUGGUCGCCUGGAUUUGUAUCUGGUCUCUGAACCAGUCUUUUAGUAUGUUAAAUUUUUGCUAUCUUUCCCCUCAAAUGUAUCACAGGAAUUCAAAGGUUAUGUCUUUAAAAUCAUGGGAGGAUGCGACAAACAAGGGUUUCCCAUGAAGCAGGGAGUGCUAACACCUGGUCGGGUCCGCCUGCUGCUGCGCCGAGGCAAGUAAUCUAGCCAUAUAAAGGAUUAUUUUUUUAUAAGUAAUAAAAAAUCUAGCCUCUAUUAAAGAUGAAUCUUUCAUCUUUUCUACUUAUUUAUAUCUCAUUUAUUUUAUGAGAUAUUUUUUGUUUCUGACCUGUCUAUUACAUCAUCUCAAUUUUUGUAUGGAUGGUAUUUGAGUGCAGGGACUCCUUGCUUCCGUGGAUAUGGGAGGAGAAAUGGAGAACGCCGGAGGAAGUCUGUCCGCGGGUGCAUUGUCAGCCCCGACCUCUCGGUUCUUAACCUGGUCAUUGUGAAGAAGGGAGAGAACGACCUCCCCGGAUUGACUGACAUCGAGAAGCCCAGGAUGAGGGGUCCGAAGAGGGCCUCAAAGAUCAGGAAGCUCUUCAACCUCUCCAAGGAGGACGAUGUGCGCAAAUACGUCAACACAUACCGCCGCACCUUCACCACCAAAUCAGGUCCGCUAUCGCUCCAACAUUUUUGGAACUCUUCAGACCCACCCUUUAAUAAUCACUUAACCAUAAGCAUGAGUCUGAUUUCGGGUCAUCAUCCUAAUUGAAUAGUUCGCUUUUUGUCGGAAUUUACCCCAUUUGGUCGUGUGUGGCAGGCAAGAAAUGCAGUAAGGCACCCAAGAUCCAGAGGCUGGUGACACCCCUGACACUGCAGAGGAAGCGCGCGAGGAUCGCCGACAAGAAGAAGAGGAUCGCCAAGGCCAAGUCAGACGCCGCCGAGUACCAGAAGCUGCUGGCCGCCAGGCUGAAGGAGCAGAGGGAGAGGAGGAGCGAGAGCCUGGCCAAGAAGAGAUCCCGUCUUUCCGCUGCCUCCAAGCCCUCCCUUGUAGCCUAG